GAGUCAUUGACAGCAGACAUGAAGUUACUGUUCAUUCUGGUCGUGGCUUUAGUCGGCUCUGCAAUUGCAGACGACGAUGCCGAGGAGAAGGUGUGGACUGAAGAAGAAGUGGAGGAGAUUUUGGACAGUGCCGAUAGCGACGCGACUGCAACUGUCCCCGUAUUAAUUGCCAAAAAUGGGUACACCGUCGAGACCCACUACGUGACGACCGACGAUGGUUACAUACUCCAAAUGCACCGUAUCCCUGCAAGUCCUACGAGUGCAGCAUCCGAUGACAAACCUGUUGUGUUUGUCAUGCACGGACUGCUGUCUAGCUCUGCUGACUGGGUGAUCAUGGGACCUGGAAAGGGUUUGGGUUACAUCUUAGCCGAUGCUGGAUACGACGUCUGGAUGGGCAAUGCAAGAGGAAAUACAUACUCGAAGAAUCACACCACCUUGACAGAUUUUACUGGCAAAGACUUCUGGUACUUUGACUGGCAUGAAAUUGGCUACUACGACCUCCCCGCCAUGAUUGACUACGCUCUUGAAAAUACGGGCCAGGAGAAACUGAUAUACAUGGGUCACAGUCAAGGCACAACUUCGUUUUACGUAAUGGCCUCUGAGAGGACCGACUACAAUGACAAGAUCAAAGCCAUGUUCUCUCUGGCGCCCGUUGCUUAUAUGUCAAAUCUGAAGAGUCCGAUGUUGCAAUUAGCCGCCACUUUCGUAACUAGUUUGACGUCCCUCUUCAAGCUCAUUGGUGUUCACGAGUUCUUGCCCACCAGCGAUUUCCUCAGUCAAGUUGGAUCUACCUUCUGCAACGACGAUGCUCUGACACAAGUCCUUUGCAAUAACAUCCUGUUCAUGUUGGCUGGGUUCAACAAAGCUCAGUUGAACGCUACUAUGCUGCCAACUAUCCUUGGGCAUACCCCAGCUGGAGCUUCAUCUCGUCAAAUCGUUCACUACGGUCAAGAAGUUCGAUCUGGCAAGUUCAGAUAUUACAGUCAGGGUUGGAUCUCGAAUUUGUGGAACUAUGGAUCGUUCCGUGCACCGGACUACGACCUCAGCUUGAUUACUGCUCCUGUUCACUUGCUGUACAGUGACAAUGACUGGAUGUCUGCUGUAACAGAUGUUCAACAGUUGUACUCCGAGCUUGGAAACCCAGCUGAGUUGUACCGAGUGCUCGAUGGAAAAUGGAAUCACCUCGAUUACCUCUGGGGUAUCAAUGCCAAGGAACUCGUCUACGAUCCCAUCAUUGCUACGAUAGAAGCAAACUACCGCGAUUAAUUGUAAUGAAAGAAUCAUGUGAUUUGUUUCAAUAAAU